AUGAAUAAUUCGGUCUAAAAUAUACGAAGACCUGUAACAUCCCAAAACUACAGAUCAAUUGAUAAGUUAGGAAGCAAUAGCCAACAGAAAUUGCCAAAUUUGAGUGAUGUGAUGAAUCUAAAAUUGAAGCAUCAAAGUGAAAAAGAGUUGCAGGAAUUGAUUUAAAAAUUAGUGAAACAGGUUUAAUAACUCAAUUCAGCAGUCAUCCAAAAGGAUAAAUAAAUUCAACAAUAUGAAUUCAUGAUUAAAUCCCUUUAAAUCGCAAUAGAAAAAAGAGAUUGCAUUAUUAGUGCAUUGAGAGUCGAAAAGUAAUAAAUAGUUGAGGUCGUGAAUCCAUUGAAACUGAUGAUAAAGACUGAUGAUUCAGCAAGAACUCCUAGUUUGGGUCCAAAGAAAUCAUUGAGGACCAGAACAAAAGACACCAAUUUUGAUGAGAAUCUCUCUGCCAUCCUUGAUUCUGACUAUGCAUUGCUGAGUCAAUAUGUAAAAUGCUAUGAGGAAUUAAAUCAUUUGACAUAAAUUAAGAAUUUAGUUUCUAAUGAAGAUUAGUUCUUUGCAAAUAUUUAGAAAAUGGAAUUGAGUAACAUUGUACACAUUUUUGAUGCAAUUUAAUUAGUAUUGUAAGAACAUAAACUAUUGUUCAAAAAUGUAAUCAAGCAAAAUAAACUAUUUGAUGCAUGUUUAUAGAUCUACGAACAAAUUCCUUUGAAUGAUUAACUAGAGAGUUUGCAAGGGUUAUUGAGAGAUUCACUAAAUUGUGAUAAGGUGCAAAUUUACGUAUUAGACAGCGAACAUUAGGAAUUAUGGACCAAAACAAAAGAUAGAGUAUUGAGAAUCUAAGCAAAUGAAGACAUAAUUGGAGCAUGCUUUUAGGAAAGAGGUUUAAUCAAUGUUCAUAAUGCAUACAAUGAUCCUCGAUUCAAAAAGGAAAAUGAUAAAGGAUACAAAACAAAUACAAUUUUGUUAUGUCCAAUUUUGGAUAAGCAACAGAAUUCUAAUGGAGUUAUUAUGGGAGUUAAUAAACUAAUUGGCCAUUUUAAUAAUGAUGAUCAACUAUUCAUUUCCAAAACAUCAGAAAUGAUAUCAAUAUUAUUGAGAAAUCAUCAAUAAUCAAGUGAAUCAAUUAGUAUUUAGAAUGCUCUCAGAAAUAUCAUACAUGCUUAAUUACAAUUAGUGUAUAUGAAUGAUACGGAACAAAUCUUAUUCGAAGCAGAGAACUUGUUGAAGAACUUGUUUCAUACAUAAAAAGGUUUAGUUUAUGUUGUUAAUAAUAAUCGAUUGUUAAGGGUGAAUGAAAAGAAGUUACUAGAGGUAUCAUAACUUGGAAUUGGAAUUGUGGGGGAGGCUCAUAGAGUCAAGGAGUUUCUGUGGGUUCAGAAUGCUUACAAUCAUUAGUCGUUCAAUAAUUUAGUUGACAUUCAAACUACUAUGCCAAUCUACUGCAUUGAAAUUGAAGGGAAGAAUCAAUCGGUGAUUUUGUAGGUUAUUAACAACAAAGGAAUUAGGUCUCAAAAGGUUAGCUCGUUUGAUUAGGAAUUGUUGGAAAUGUUCGGAAAAAUUAUUUUAAGUAAAAUUGAUUUUUUAUAAUUAUGA